GUUUGGCGACUCUAGCUCUUAUACUUUUCGAGAUAUUCGCGUUCAUACAAACAAACAGGUUGACAGACGGAUGGAAAUUCCUACUUCAUAUUUAAUUUGGAGUGUUUUAUUCAACAAGAAUGCAACGCAAACACUGGCAACCCAUGAUAUUGAUUCAACAAUUCGUUAUUUAACUCAAAGCAAGCAGACAAAGAUAUAGCUGUUCCUCUAGAAUGGAUUUAGACUCCGUUAAUAAUGAUUUAGAAAAGCGCAUCUCUGAUGCCUUUUGCGUUUUCGACCAUCAUGGCGAUAAGUUUAUAGACGUACGUGAGGUGGGCACCGUUUUACGUUUACUUGGAUGCGUCCCGACUGAACAGGAAGUUAAUGAGGUUAUAUCGGCAACGGAGCAACUCGGUGAGACCAGCGGAGAGGUUCAUUUAACAAAGUUUUUGCCCCAUGUCUCCCAACUGCUUAUGGAAAGAAAAAUGGAACCAGCAACGCCGGAGAAAAUUAUAAAAGCGUUUAAGAUCCUGGAUCCGGAAAAUAAAGGCUAUUUAACCAAGGAGCACUUCGGCAAGCUCAUGAUGGAAGAGGGAGAACCAUUUACACAAGAGGAAAUGGAUGAGAUGUGGCCAGUGGCCAUUGACCCAAUCACUGGGCAUAUUCCAUAUGAGUUCUACCUGAAUCAGUUAAUGGUUUACCUCUAAAAGGUGGCGCAAUAUUUUGAUGUACACGUUGGAUUACUGCUUGCAGAGUCCUAUUCACAACUAAGCCACAGAUUUAUUUAAACUGUUUCGACUUCUCAGCUC